UCCACCUUGGAGGGUAUAAAGCAGCUGUGAUACUCCAGCUACGCACCAACUCUCACACAAGCAUCAGACAGGAGCUGCUCCAAAGGCCGAGGUACGAGCCAUCGAUGUUUCUGAAUAAGAUGAGAACGCUGCUUCUGAUCACAGCCAUCUUGGCUGUAACUGCUGGCUUCCCGGUUUCUCAAGACCAGGAGCGAGAAAAACGAAGCAUCAGUGACAGCGACGAAUCAUCUGGACAGUUUUAUGUACCCCGUUACCCAUACCCCUUUGGCCCAUACCCACCAUUCCUUUAUCAAAGAUAUCCUUGGCUCAGAUAUUACGGUUUUCCUAUUCCAAUACCUGCUUCUAUGCCUGCAAAUACUCCUCUUAACAGAAAGUAAAAAAGAAGGAAAGUCACAGUGAAUUUAACCUGAAAUGAGAGGUCACUGUAAAAUUAAACAUGAGCACCUCCACGAAGAAUCAAUAUCCUUGUUACUAAAAGAAAAAAUAAAUGUGGUUAAAGCAGCA